AUGAAGCCAAAUUCUAACGCCGCCUACCGUUCGGGAUUCCUGGCGUCGCUGCUCUGGGGUCCUCGCCUUUGCGCUGCCUCUCCUCAGCCUAUCUUCUCUUCGGAUCCCGAGACCAUCGAUACUUGCAUCGACUGGUGGAACAAUGCAGACGACAGUAGCUCCUGCGAGGAGGUCAGAAAGAUUGAGCCGUGGCGCUUUCCACUAUCCUAUUGCGUGUCCACGAGCGACCGCGAUCCCCCUCCGGGCGUCACCACCACAACGGUGGCUCCCUCCACCACCACCACUUCCGAGGUCAGCACACACGUGCCUUCUCCUACGUCCUGGGCGGCUAGAGGCUGCUACCCUGAUGAUGACCCCGAAUAUCCUGUUCUCGAGCUCAUGGUGAGCAAGGACGGGGGCGACUCGUCUCUGGACAUCGAAAGCUGCGAGGACUCACGCUGGAAGGCAUCCGUGAACGGCACCGUCCUCUUCGCCGGUGUCAAGGACGGCAAUCAGUGCUGGUGCAGCCCGUUUGUUGGCGGGGAGUCGUCCAGCGACCAGACGAAAUGUGACAAGCCUUGCAGUGGCAAUAAGGAGCAGAUUUGCGGUGGCGAAGACUACAUCAACGUGUUUGAGCCUGUCACUACCUCUCAGUCCGAGACCACUACGGAUACCACUACUCAAGGGGCCUCCUCGUCCGCCGUACCGACAACAGAGGACUCCGGGGCCAGACGCCGUGCUGCACUUCUCUGA